CGAAGCCAAAGAGUUAUUUUGGCAGCCAGAGUGCCGAUCAGGCUGUUGCUGGAUUCGGCGCAGGCGUCGUAGCCACAUUCACGAUGCAGCCAUUUGACAUACUAAAAGUAAGAUUUCAGGUAGCUACUCGUUCUGAAAGGGUUGGAUAUGGUAGAGCUAUAUACUCUGCACUCAAAAAUGUUGUCAAGAAGGAAGGUCCUUCUGGAUUGUGGAGAGGUAUCGUACCAAACAUAAUCGGAAACUCAUCUGGUUGGGCGACUUACUUCUAUUUCUAUACAACUUUCAAGGAUGUUGUCCACUCACAACAGCGCAAUAACGCGUCGAUAACACCCUCCCAAUAUCUCCUAUGUGCAUCAACAGCAGGCUCAAUCAGCGCGAUGGUCACAAAUCCUUUCUAUGUUAUCAAAACAAGAAUGUACACGUCUUCCUACAAAAACAAUGACGCGUAUAGGGGUCUAUUUGAUGGCUUGAGCAAGAUAGUCAGGUCAGAAGGUGUAUUAGGUUUGUGGAAAGGUACACUAUUGGCACUCGGAACAGUCGUGAAUAGUGCAUUACAAUUCACGAUCUACGAAGAGAUGAAGAAGACAAGAUUUGCAGUGCGGGGAAGCCAACCUUGUGCUAAUGAUAAAUUGCCUAAUUGGGAGUACACCGCACUUAGUGGAUCAUCUAAACUACUUGCCCUUGCAACUACCUACCCAUACCAAGUUGUCAGAUCAAGAUUGCAGAACUCAACAGAAUUUGAAAAUAUCAGACAUUGUGUUAAAGAGUCUUACAAAAGGGAAGGAAUAAAGGCUUUUUAUAGGGGAUUGGGCAUCAACGCUAUCAGAAUAUUGCCAGGAACUUGCGUCACUUUCGUAAUAUAUGAGAAUCUAAUUUGGAUAAUAAAGGAAGCAUCAUUUAGAAAGCAGGAUUAGACAUACAUUUCAUAGAACAAUAAUACAUCACGUACAUAAUUUAUUUGUAAUAUUAAGAAGAAAUAUGCAUUUUAACAAAUC